GCUUCUGUCUCCUCUUUUUCUCUGGAACGACUCUUCACGCCAGGUCAGGAAAGCCGGUACAAAAAAUGCCAGAUGAACUAGAGCUUGCGUAACGUGACAGAGACUAUUGCAGGCCGGAUUUCUCACAUGUAUGUAAUUGUGAAACCGUUGAGGUAGUAGGAGAUCGGAGGAGGAAGAGGGGGCGAAGGGGAGGGAGGAGGGAGGGGAGGGAGGAGAAAGACGAGAGGCACACUGCCCUCCCUCUCGGGCAGCGAGGCGCCUCGGCUCCCAGGGAAAGAGAAGGGGGGCGGGGGCGAGGUCGGGGCCUCGGCGGUGUGAGAGGCGCAGCAGCCCGCUGCCGCGGUGGCCAACCGGCGCCCUCCAGGCCGCCCGGCCCGACAGGCGGGGUGAGACAUGGGCCCGAAGGGAAACACCCCUCGGGUGCGCCGGACAGGGGGGCGAGGAAGAGCGGGCUCAGCGCACCGUGGCCCGAGGCGCGUGCGCGGACGAGGAGGGCCGUGGGGCGUGCUGGACGAGAAGGAAAAGGAGGAGGAGGAGGAGGAGGAAGAGGAGGAGGAGGAGGAGGAGGGUGAAACAACCAGCGGCCCACAGGACCCCUCUGCGCCCACGGCCGAGGCGAGGCACUACCUGCCCCAGCGGCUGAGCGCCGACUGCACGGCCGCCGGCGGAACGACCGCCUGGCGCACGCCCGGCUGCCAGAGCGCCACGCGGAGACGCGUGCUGGUGGGGCUGGCAGAAGAGGAAACAACGGCGCGAGCAUAACCUUUGCAGGCAUUUAUCGGCAUAACUGCGUAUCGAAGAGCUUUCUGUUCGCAGCGGCGCGGAUCCAC